GACGUUCCGUGAUUCAUCAUCCAACCACGGCAUGAGCCUCAUGGAUAUAUAAGCUGGAGCACACCUGCUCAACAAUAAAGGACUUCAGACCUCCAACUGACCCCAGCCUGCUCCCAAAGUUAAGCGACCAGCGUCCUCUGCCCACAACAUGCUGCCGGGUGGAGCGGUGGAUGUCCGGCACUGCGUGCUGACGAGCCGCUUGCUGCCCGCAGCUCUGGCUCUCCUCCUCCUCCUCUCCUCCAGCCUCAGCCGCGCUCACAGCACCACCAUGGAGCACGACUUCCACAUCGUCCACAACGUCGACAACAGAAGUCCAGAGAUCGACCCCUUCUGGUACGUGGGACGUGGGGUGAGACCCAUCGGGCGCUUCGGGAAGAGGCAGAGCACCGGGGAGGCUUCGGGCAGCAGGGGGGUGCAACCUGUCCUCAGGGCUUUAGGGCUGGUGGUCAGCAGCCUCAGGAACAAGGACAACUUUGGAAAAGUGCUGGACAGGGACGACAGGGAUUGGUUACCAUGACAGCGAGUCCAACUCCCUUCAUCUACAAACUCUAGAGUGUCUUCAUUUAUUUAUUUUUUUCAUCAUGAUUGAGGUUAUAAACUCAAUUGCUCUUAUAUGUAUUUCUCUCUGGUGUCUGAUAUGAGGCCUUAAUGAAUUAAUUUUCUUGUUAUCUGUACAUAAAAAUGCAUUCUAUAUUGAUUAAUAAACAAGAGUGUUGUGGUUA